AUGGAAUCUGGGAGAAGGGGAUGGAAUCUGGGAGAAGGGGAUAGAAUCAGGGAGAAGGGGAUGGAAUCUGGGAGAAGGGGAUGGAAUGAGAGAGAAGGAGAUGGAAUCGGGGAGAAGGGGAUGGAAUCUGGGAGAAGGGGAUGGAAUUUAGGAGGAGGGGAUGGAAUCUGGGAGAAGGGGAUGCAAUCAGGGAGAAGGGGAUGGAAUCGGGGAGAAGGGGAUGGAAUCAAGGAGAAGGGGAUGGAAUUUGGGAGAAGGGGAUGGAAUCAGGAGAAGGGGAUGGAAUCUGGGAGAAGGGGAUGGAAUUUGGGAGAAGGAGAUGGAAUCUGGGAGAAGGGAAUGGAAUCUGGGAGAAGGGGAUGGAAUUUGGGAGAAGGGGAUGGAAUCGUGGAGAAGGGGAUGGAAUCAGGGAGAAGGGGAUGGAAUUUGGGAGAAGGGGAUGGAAUUUGGGAGAAGGGGAUGGAAUCUGGGAGAAGGGGAUGGAAUCCGGGAGAAGGGGAUGGAAUCAGGGAGAAGGGGAUGGAAUCUGGGAGAAGGGGAUGGAAUCUGGGAGAAGGGGAUGGAAUCUGGGAGAAGGGGAUGGAAUCUGGGAGAAGGGGAUGGAAUCUGGGAGAAGGGGAUGGAAUCUGGGAGAAAGGGAUGGAAUCUGGGAGAAGGGGAUGGAAUCUGGGAGAAGGAGAAGGGGAUGGAAUCUGGGAGAAGGGGAUGGAAUCUGGGAGAAGGGGAUGGAAUCUGGGAGAAGGGGAUGGAAUCAGGGAGAAGGGGAUGGAAUCUGGGAGAAGGGGAUGGAAUCUGGGAGAAGGGGAUGGAAUGCGGGAGAAGGGGAUGGAAUCUGGGAGAAGGGGAUGGAAUCUGGGAGAAGGGGAUAGAAUCAGGGAGAAGGGGAUGGAAUCUGGGAGAAGGGGAUGGAAUGAGAGAGAAGGAGAUGGAAUCGGGGAGAAGGGGAUGGAAUCUGGGAGAAGGGGAUGGAAUUUAGGAGAAGGGGAUGGAAUCUGGGAGAAGGGGAUGCAAUCAGGGAGAAGGGGAUGGAAUCGGGGAGAAGGGGAUGGAAUCAAGGAGAAGGGGAUGGAAUUUGGGAGAAGGGGAUGGAAUCAGGAGAAGGGGAUGGAAUCUGGGAGAAGGGGAUGGAAUUUGGGAGAAAGAGAUGGAAUCUGGGAGAAGGGAAUGGAAUCUGGGAGAAGGGGAUGGAAUCUGGGAGAAGGGGAUGGAAUCGGGGAGAAGGGGAUGGAAUCAGGGAGAAGGGGAUGGAAUUUGGGAGAAGGGGAUGGAAUCUGGAGAAGGGGAUGGAAUAUGGGAGAAGGGGAUGGAAUUUGGGAGAAGGAGAUGGAAUAUGGGAGAAGGGAAUGGAAUCUGGGAGAAGGGCAUGGAAUGUGGGAGAAGGGGAUGGAAUCUGGGAGAAGGGGAUGGAAUCUGGGAGAAGGGGACGGAAUCUGGGAGAAGGAGAUGGAAUCUGGGAGAAGGGAAUGGAAUCUGGGAGAAGGGCAUGGAAUGUGGGAGAAGGGGAUGGAAUCAGGGAGAAGGGGAUGGAAUCUGGGAGAAGGGGAUGGAAUCUGGGAGAAGGGGAUGGAAUCUGGGAGAAGGGGAUGGAAUCUGGGAGAAGGGGAUGGAAUCUGGGAGAAGGGGAUGGAAUGA